AGGCAGGCCAUCAGGCCACUUUCUUUUGAAAGAGACGAGACGAAAUGAAACAUGCCUCCUCCUCCUCCUCUUCUUCUUCUUCUUUUCUCUUGCUUCCGCCUGACCGGAGGAAGACGGGUGCUGGACGAGGCCGGCACUGGCACUGAGGGGGCAUGGGGGCGCAAGUUGCGUCCACACCGUGGAAUUCCCGACGCGCGAAAUCGGCGGGUUAGAUUAGAGUACACUUCUACCGGCUCCGGCGAGCGGGCGUAUUUCGCGGUCUGUCGAUCAGUCGGUAGCUUCCCUCCCCCCACUCCCUCCCCCGCGCACUCCCUCCCCCGCGCAACUAUUCUACCCCGCGCGCGCGAUGGCCCGCACGGCCGCACCCCGUCUGAUCAGUGCCGUUGGGGUGUCGGGGAACGCCUCUCAGCACUUGCGACUCGAACCCUUCACCCUUCACCCGUGUCUGACUUCCUUCCUUCCUUCCUUCCUUCCUUCCUUCCUUCCUUCCUUCCAAGUUCUGUCUGUCUGGCUGGCUGGCUGACUAUCCACUGGCCGCUUACGAGCGCGAGCACGAGCGCGAGAGCGAACGACGAUCCGAUCUUGCAAGAUUCGGAUGUGCAGUACCUACUCUACUGCAGUGCACUGUGCAGCGGUGCGGUGCAGACUCCUGGUGCAGACUGUAUGGUGCGGUGCGGUGCUGAGGUGAGAACGAUAGGGCUGAAUUACCGUUACUCUACUUGCUCUACGAUACGGUAGGUACUCUGGGUAGGGUAGUUAGAGUAGAGUGGGUAAAAGUGCUCUGACAGGUUCUCGGUAGAUCUGCGGAUUCUUGGCGGUUGGGGAGGGGGGAGGGGGGUGAGAUGAGAAAGAUGGGUAAGAUGGAUGGGUAAGUAGGUGGACGGGUGAUGGGGUGGGUUGGGUUGGGGGGAGC